AUGACCAAUUAUCUCGAUUUCUUUUCUGUUUCCUACGACUUUCUUAGCUAGCAAACACAAAACUCCUUCUGAUUUUGGGGGUUGUGGUGAGGAGAUAUCGAUGGCUUUGGCGCUUGUUGGAGGGGCUGCUUUGGGAGCAGCAUUUCAGGGUUUGCUAACGGCGGUCAUAAAAGUAAGUAAAAGGUUUGCCGGGUUCCACUCCAUCCUUAAAAAACUCGAAGCCACACUAGAACGCAUAAAGCCAUAUAUCCAAGAGAUGGAAAAGUUGAACGAGGAGUUGGAUCGUCCAAGGAAGGAAAUGGAGAAGUUGAUCCAAAUCUUACAAGAUGGAGAGAAGCUAAUCCAAGACUGCUCUCGCUGCUACUGCUACCAGAGGAUAGGGUACGCCAAUAAAAUUAAAGCCCUCGAUGCCUCUCUUCUUAGAUUGUUUCAUGUGGAUGUGCACGCCCAAGUCAGUAGGGACGUCAAGGAGAUUCUGGCCAUUCUCAAAUCAAAUGGAUGUAAUUGGAAUUACAGAGGGGUUUCUGAUGAACAUGAAAACUUGGGUUCUUGCAACGCUCCUGGUCCACUGGAAUUUAUGGUGGGAUUAGAUGUGCCUUUCAUCUUCAAAUUGAUGAAUGAAAAUGAUAUAAGGAAAGCAUUCCUAAUAUCUCAACAUCUCAAAGAAUUGAAGAGGCGGCUAUGUGAGGAUGGGGAAUCAAGGAUUGUGAUCAGGACUCCUGGAGGAUGUGGGAAAACCACUUUGGCUAAAGAGCUUUGUCACGACAAUCAAGUCAGAGAAUAUUUUAAGCACAUUUUGUAUGCCACGGUGUCAAGACCGCCCAACCUAAUUGCCAUCAUUACGAAACUAUUUUGGGACGAAGAUGAACGAGUGCCAAAGUUUCAAAAUGAGGAAGAUGCAGCCAAUCAAAUGGAACUGAAACUGAAGAAGAAAGAAGAAUCUGGUGCUGUACUGUUGGUCCUAGAUGAUGUUUGGUGUGGAUCAGAAUCCCUCUUAGCCAAGUUCAAGUUCCGGACAUCAAAAUCCAAGGUCGUCGUUACAUCAAGAAAUGAAUUUCCAGAAUUUGGCUCUACAUAUGACUUGGAAUUGUUGAAUGACGACGAUGCCAUGGCUCUUUUUCGUCACUCAGCAAUCCCCCAGAAUGGAAGCUGUAAUUACACACCGACUGAUAGGCUUGUGAAGAAGAUAGUGGGGCACUGCAAGGGACUUCCACUGGCCCUGGAAAUCGUUGGCAGAUCACUCCAUGGGCGGCCUGUAGAGAUCUGGAGAAGCCGACUGAAGAAAUUAUCCGAAGGUCAAUCCAUUGUCAAUUCUGAAACUGAUCUGCGUAAAUGUCUUCAAAGUAGCUUAGACGCCCUAAAUGACGAGGAUGUUAUGCCGAAGGAGUGUUUUAUGGACUUCACCAGGAAUGAUGCAAGCGAGAUUGAUGGAUGCUACAGCGAUGCCUUUGUGAUGCAGCAUGCCUUUUUGCACUUUCCCUUUGCUGCUGAAUUGACUAAUUUUUCAGUUCUCAGUUCCUUAUCCAAUCUAAAGAGAAUCAGGUUAGAGCAAGUUUCAAUUCCAACACUAUGCAACACCAGUAUGGAAUUGAAGAAUCUGGAAAAGCUAUCCUUAGUCAUGUGUCAUAAGAUUGGUCAAGCUUUUGCAAGUAGUACCAUCCAGAUUCCAGAAAUGUUACCAAACCUUAGGGAAAUCAACAUUGAUUACUGUAAUGACUUGGUGGAAUUACCAGAAGGGUUUUGUGAUUUAGUCCAGCUGAAUAAGCUGAGCAUCAGCAACUGCCAUAAGCUGUCUGCACUGCCGGAAGGGAUAGGGAAGCUUGCAAAUCUGGAAGUGCUAAGGGUUAGUGCCUGUACAUUGGUGUCAAAAUUGCCAGACUCAAUGGGAAGCCACCACAAGUUGAGCGUUCUUGAUAUAACUGGUUGUUUACGAAUAAGGAAAAUGCCGAAACAAAUAGGGGAGUUGCGUGGUCUAAGAGAGCUCCACAUGAGAAGGUGCCCAGGUUUGCGCGAGCUGCCACCAUCAGGGACGCUUCUCGUGGAUUUGGAGAUGGUAAUCUGCGAUGAAGAGACUGCCCAGCUGUGGGAAUGUUAUACGCACUUGCUCCCCAAUCUCACCCUAUCAGUGCCUGAAGAAAUUAUCAACUUGAAUUGGCUUUAAAAUACUGGUUUCUGAAAAACUUUCAUCCUCCAAAGUGCUGAACCGGACUCCUAAUUAUAUUCAAACAAUGUUCGACGUAUGAAAUCUAGUAAUAAUUACAAGAAUCUGUGGUAUCA